GUUAACGUGAUUUGAAAAACCGCGAAAUACCCAAAAAUUUGUUAAAUUUAAAAACAAUAAUGCCCAGAAUAAAAAUUGAACGCGUGAUAAGCGUGAGCAGUGAAGAUAAGUUGCAUACAGCUGAGAAUAUUUUAAACACUGAUUCAAACAAAAAAUGGAAAUGCAAAACAGCGGGUGAACAAAAUUGUACGGUUAUACUCCAAUUAGCAGAGCUAACAGUGAUUACAGGAAUCGAUAUUGGAAAUGAGCAUUCAGCCUUUGUGGAAGUUCAUGUUGGGCGAACUGGAUUUAAUGAUGAUGACUAUAAGGUUUUACUGAUGAUGUCAUCGUUUAUGACACCAUUAGAUUCAAGACAAUCAGAAAAUAUAAAUCGAAUACGAAUGUUUAAAACUGAAGAUUUUUGUAAACCUGUAUGUGAAGAACGUUGGGAUCGUGUAAAAUUAAUUUGUACACAGCCUUUUAAUCGUCAUGUACAAUAUGGCCUUUCAUUCAUUACACUUCAUUCUGCGAUAUCUACAAAUACAUCUGUUAAUGAAAUAACAUUUGGAAAGUUCAAGAUUAAAACAGAAGCAACGAAAGAUACUAUUACGCCCGGUUCAAUUUUUAAUAAAAUUAAAACUGGUGAUGUUAAUUCUAGUUCUACUACAGUAUCAGCUGCUGCUGAAAUUAGAAAAGCAUCACUACCAUCACAAAUAUCAAAAAAUGAAGGUCAUUUAUCAUCUGUCAAAAAUGAUAAAAUUAAGAAACCAGCAAAUGCAUCGCCUUCGUCUACACCAAGUUCCUCACAAUCUACACCAAAAGUAAUAAAUCGUAAUCGUAAAGAUAUUCUAUAUAAUGAUGAAGAUGAUGAACCAAGUCAAAAAGUAGAUAAAGUUAUGAAAAAUUAUCAUGAUAAGAAACAAGUAAAUGGCACCACAGAUGAAAAACCAAAUAAAAAAGAUUCAAAUGUUAGUGCAACCACACCGUCAACUAGUAAAGAAAAAUUGAACGCAAAUGAUUCUUCAAGCAAAAAGCGAAAAAGUUCUCCGAAAGUCGAAAAUAUUCCUGCUAAAAAAGUAAAGAAAAUUAAAACAAAACCAUUUAGACAACUACUUCAAGGUGUAGUGUUUGUUAUGUCAGGAUAUCAAAAUCCACAAAGAGCAAAUUUACGGGAUAUGGCUAUCAAAAUGGGUGCGAAAUAUAAACCAGAUUGGAAUGAUGAUUGUACCCACUUAGUGUGCGCUUUUAAAAAUACCCCAAAAUAUAAUGAAGUUCGAGGUCGUGGGAAAAUUGUUAAAUGUGAUUGGAUAACCGAGUGUUACAAUCAAAGAAAACGAAUUCCAUGGCGUAGAUAUGCACUAGAUAACCGAGAACAAAUACAAUCGGACAGCGAAGAAGAAAUAUUGGAUGAACUGCUUGAUGAAAAUGAUGAUACCAAAGACUCAUCUUCAACAUCCAACAAAAAACGAUACGUAGUUUCAUCUGAUUCGGAUACUGAAGAUGAAAUCGAAAGGAUUCAGGCAGCACAACAAUUAAAAGAUAAUGUAAAUGAUACCAAUCAUGAGGAAGAUGAAAAAUUAGAAAUGGAAACAAAUGAAAAUGAGGAAAAGAAAUCAAACGAGAAUGAUGUUUACAACAACGAUACAGACAUUGAAGAUGAAAUAGAACAUUCAGAAAAUGUUGAGUUGAAGCCCUUACCAGAAAUAUUUUCAAAUAUGAAAUUUUUCAUUGCAAAUAAUUUACCAGAUAAUGUCAUUUCUGAAUUAAAGCGAUAUAUUUUUGCAUAUGGAGGGGUCAUAACAAAUGAGUUAGAAGACGCAGAAUAUUUGAUAAUAGAAGAUGAAGAUUUAAAAAAUCAAUUAAUUGAAGAUAAUACUUCAAUAAAAUCAGUACGUCCUGCGUGGAUAUGGGAAUGUAAUGAUACAAAAGAAUUACUUGAUGUCGACCAUUUUCUUUUAUAA